UGAUAAGCAAGCAGACGGAUUUUGAAAUGUUUAUCAAUAAUGAAACAAUUCUGUAGCAUAUGUUCAAAAAUAUUUUCAUUUUGCGAUUGAACUGUUAAUUGCGGGAUUCGUAGUCAAAUUAUGACUAUGACAGCAAUAAAUAAAAGAGCUAUUUUUAUCCAGUGUGCUACGAAAUGAUAACUGAUAAGAAAAGAGUAUUUGAAAUGUGAAUUAAUGUGUAUAACCUAAAUUUUAAAUUGGAAUGCCUCUCUCUAGAAUCAUUAAAAAAGCAUCAAAUUUUAUUCUUCGCUCUCAGUAUGAAACUUCAACCACUCCGACAUACACUGAUGGUGAAAUUGUCUUUUGCAAGAACAAUGUGUGUGUCCAUCCUCCAACAAUGGUCAGACAGGAGACAGAUAUUGUCCAUCAUCCCGGUUACUUGACAGUGACAAGUCAGACAGUCGGCAAUAAGUGCACUCUCUUCUUGUCCUGGAUCCCCAACACCACUUUGCGGAAACAUCCUGGUACUGUUGAACAGCGUUCCUCAUCUGUUACGAGGACUGGAACUGACUCAGAUGAGAAAGUAGGCACAAGAAGACGGUCAACAAGUGCUUGUCAAACUUCCAGUGGGGUGCACAUUGGUAGAAGGUACUCAUCAGGCAGUUACGAGUCUGAGUGUGUGGGAUGUUUUCCUGACAACAAACUCUCUACUGAGCUGAAGGAUAUCUACAUAUCUAAAGGAAGUAUAUCGUCCUGCUCUGAUAAUAACUCUCUAACUCCAAGCGAAGAUCUGAAAUUUGAUGCUGUAAAGAACAAGCAACUGGAAUCUAGUCUGAACAAUGAAGAACAAACAAGUGAAGGAAGGUUGAACAAACAUGACAGUAACCACAAUGACUCCAAUGAAGCAUAUCAGAAACUAUUAGAAUGUAGAUUGGAUCCUAGUAGAAGUAAUGUUAUUAUUGAAGAACCUCUAGUACAAAAUGAGAAUAAUUCAACGGUGCCAAAGAUAAAUCCAAGCUCAUCUAAUACUAGUUCACUAGUUAGUGAUAGUUCGAGUAGUUGUCAGUUGAAGGUUGAGGAGAAUAAUGCCAAAGAUCUACCCAAUUCCGAAAAUACUGAUUGUGAUGAGAGCGAUCGUGUUUCAUCGUUCAAUGGUGUUAACACCAAUUCUUCUAAAGCGAACCCACCUGCUGUCUAUGCAUUCCAAAGGCCUGAAGGAAUCUUGUACGUAGACAGUCUAGUUUUACAAGAGAAUCCUCACAUAUUGAAUAUAAAGAGUAGCUGUGGCGGCCCUAAUAGGAGGUUGGAAGAGUCGAGAGUGAGAGAGACGGAGAGAAGGAUGUCGGUGCAGAGCAACGAGGAUGGACCGAGUCCUCUGUGGAUGAGCUCGCCUGAGCUGUUGGCGCUCAAACACAAUCUCUCGUUUCCCGAUAGUCUCACCGCGUCACCUGUUGUCAGAAGAGCGCAGAAGUGUUGUCGCAAGUUCUGUGUUGAUCUGAGUGAAAUGAGGUCGCUGAGAUUAUUCUUUUGUGAUGCUGAGAGUACCAAGGGACAGCUUGUGGUAGCGUCUCGAGAAUGCCAGUACAAAAUUUUACAUUUUCAUCAUGGCGGCCUUGAGAGACUAGCUACUGUUCUCCAACAGUGGAAUCUGCUGUCGCCCACCACUCCAAGCGAUAAUUUACCUUAUCGUCAUUUUAUGGUUUGUCGACCAGCAAUGGAUGAUAGUGAGCUGCAUCCAGAAGAAGGGAAAGUUGGAAUGGUGAAUGAGGCUGAAUGGAAAGAGAUGCUAAAUCCUCUGGGUCAAGUGGAAGAUGACCUUGUUUUGAGAAAAGGUAUAUUUUUGGGAGGUUUGGAGCCAUGUUUGCGCAAAAUAGUUUGGCCAUUUCUUCUCUACUGUUAUUCCUAUCAAUCGACUGCAGCGGAGAGAGAGCACAUCACAGCGAUUCGUCGCAAGGAAUACCAACUCAUCACGAAAAAACGGUUAUCACUAGAGGGAGCUGCCAAAGAAAGAUUUUUCAGAAAUAUUCAGUGUGUGGUUGAGAAAGAUGUUAUCAGAACUGAUCGUGGGAAUCCUUACUAUGCUGGUGACAGCAAUCCUCAUGUUGAGACGAUGAAGAACAUCCUUCUGAAUUAUGCUAUCUAUGAUUCCGGAUCAGGAUACAUGCAAGGAAUGUCAGAUCUACUGGCGCCAGUGCUUGCGGAGAUAGGACAUGAGGCGGAUGCGUUCUGGUGCUUUGUCGGUCUCAUGAGUCGAGCUAUCUUCGUCUGCACUCCCACUGACUCUGAUAUGGAACGAAAUUUGACGUAUUUGAGAGAACUGAUUAGAGAAAUGGUUCCAGCAUUCUAUUCACACCUACAGAGACACACUGAUGCCAUGGAACUUUUGUUCUGUCAUCGCUGGAUUUUGUUAUGCUUCAAGAGGGAGUUUCCCGAAGAAGUGGCACUUAAAAUGUGGGAAGCAUGUUGGGCGAACUAUCUCACCGACUAUUUCAAUCUUUUCCUGUGUUUGGCAAUUGUUUCGGCGUAUGCUGACGAUGUCAUCGCUCAGGAUCUACGAACUGAUGAAAUGCUUUUGCACUUCAGCUCUCUGGCGCUUUACAUGGAUGGGGAACUCAUUCUUAGGAAGGCAAGAGGUCUGUUAUACCAAUUUCGACAACGAACUGUGAUACCGUGUUCCUUAGCAGAGUUGUGUCAAGAGUGCGGCCCGGGAAUGUGGGAUUCGGGGCAUGCGCCGUCGGUCGUCUGUCGCGGCGAGAACUGUCCGCAGACUCCGUGUCCUUACCGAGGCAUUUCCACCGCACAACAGUGAACUCGGCAACCAUGCCUACAUACUAUUAUACUAUUCCAUUUUAAACUUUCUAAACUGCAUUUAAAUGUAUUCUUAUCAAUAUAUGAAACUUCAUAAUAGUUCUCCUAAUAGAUUGUGCUGUUUGAGUCUAUUUGACAAAUUUUUAUUCAAUUACUUCACUUCCUAAAAUGACUUACCCAAAUCUUCUCUUUUCUUGAAAAUCACUGUUUCUUUCUCAAAUUCACUGUAUAAAAUUAUUGCAGGACUGCAGUUCCGUGUUGAAAACAAAACCAACAUAAUAAAGCUAAAAAUUUGUUGGAUUCAACACGAAUCUACAGUCCUGCAAGAUAGUUUAAUAAAGUGGGUUUGAUAAAAAAUAUUGUGCUUUUCAAUAAUUAUGGAGAAGUUCUACAUCAACAAAUUAUCAAAAAUUACAUUUUCUUCAAUCAUACAGCACUCGGAAUCUUUCUGGCUGCACACAGUUUUUUUAACAAGCUCCAAGCUUCAUGGUUGAUGUCAACACUGAAGUGUCUGAAGUUAGCGCUUUCCUUUGUAUUGUCCUAUGUACCUCUCCUGGGCAGAGGCAUACAUGGAGAAUCAGUGAGCCGGUCGCUCACUCCGUCACCGGCCAGUGUUGUUUGACCAUAGUGUGGUCACGUUAUAUGUUGCUAUCCUUGUCUAUCAUUUGGCAAAGCAGAUAGCGUUAUCCUUUUCUAGCUCUGCAAGUUGCCAGAUCGUCUUUUAACAAUUUAUAAAUAUAAUAUCUAAUUUAAACUCUGAUAAUUCAUUAUUUUUAAUAAUUGAAAAAUAUAUUUUAUUGACGAAUAGAAUAAUAUGAUUGAUUAUUUUAAACAAGAAUAAUGAACAGUUGAUAUCACAUCAGAUAUACCUAUAUAAUCAUCCUCUAUAGUAGGAAGUGGCAAGGCAGAGAAUCGGCAACGCUGCUUUCCUAUCUUUCUCCAUUGCUAUUAUAAUGUGAACCUCACUAAAGGGCAGCCAGUUGGGCAGUCACAUUCUGGCUGCCAGUGUGGUCAUCAGGUUUGGUAGCAGCCAGCAAUUCCCUCUUCCAUUUCAAUGAAGAUUUUUCAUUUCGAAUUCCCACUUGAGUAAAUAUUAUUCUUUUAAUUAGGUCCGUAAUUCAGAAUAAGUCUAUAUUAUAUGGAAGAGAAAUGUAGCUAAGUGUUUCCAGAUAUUAGUCAUUAUCUUGAGUGAAAAUUAUUAUGACAAAUCAAAAUAAAUAAUCUAUCCCUGUAUUCUAAUCUAAUUGAUUUAUCAAACUGUUUCAUAUUUUCUAUCUACACUAAUUCUAAAUUAAAAUUUACUGCACAACUUUUGAAACUCUAGAUGUCAAUUAGCAAAUUAUAGAAUAAAUGUUUAAAUUUUUGGUGGUGUAUUACAAUUGUAGGUUAUUCUCUUAAGCUAAUAGUAAUAGAUUAAAUGUGUAAUUCGACUGAUUCAGAAGAAGCCAACUUGAAGAUUUUUAUAUUCUUUCUUUCUCUUGUGUUCUCCUGUAAUCUCGUAUUUGUUCAACCUAUUACAAUAUCUGAACUAUGUUUUUUCCAAUAAUUGAUGAGGGAUUACUAAGCAUAUAAAUAUAUUACAAUAUAAUGUCAGUUAUGAUAAAAUUAUUGCUUUUCUCGAGGUUAAUAGAGUUUAAGUUUAUUUUACCUUGUAGCUCUACCAGAUAGCAGUUAAUCAGCUCUAUUGAUUUUCCAAGUAGCCAAAUUUACGUUAUUAGUUAAUUAUGUAUGUAAGGAGGGAAAAGAACUAUAAUAACAAAAGAGAACAGAAUAACUAGAACUUUAAUUAAUUGGUAUCUUUCUGUUUACAUGGUUGAAAAUGAUAAAUAUAAAUUUUUCUUCAUUCCAAAAAGGUAAAAUAUAAACACAAACACAAUAUUAAAAUUGAAUUUAAUGGGAAAACUACUCGCUGCUGCUAAAGAUGAUUCAAUCUUUGAGGUUAUGAAAAUUAAGAACAAUGAUCUUAUCCAGUAGUCACCUACCUUCUGAAUAUGGCUUCCCCCUUUGGCAUCCACUGGUUUAAUCGCGACUUUACAGUUAGUAUUUUAAAAGAUCAAAAAUUAACUGAACCAAUGAACAGGCUCAGAACCCGUCUCCCUCAAUAAUACAAUUAUUUUUAAACUGCCCGAUCUGUGACAGAAUAACUGUAUUAUAAAACGAAACGAAGUCUAGCCUUUCUCACUGGAUCAGCCGGACUUUACUCACAGUCCUAAAGAACGAGCUCUGCCCCAAAAGCUAAAUUAUGGGUAUCAAUAUAAACUCAGUCAAUGCCAAACAUGAAAGCCAUUUCAAGUACAUAUUUUUAUCUGUCGCACAAGCGGCACGUUUGUUAUUAGAAACAAAAAGAAGCUACGUUAAUAUUGACAACAAAUGAAAUAAACAAUCUUUCUGUCGAUGACAAAGAUUGUUCAAAGACAAAAACACUGUUCAUUGAACUUUUAAUUAAAAAACUCUAAAAUCCUGAUCAAUAUGAGAUAAAAUAUAUGAUUAAUAUAUAUGUCCCAUAUGACCAGGUGACAGUUAAUUAGCUAAAUUGAUUUUCUAAGAACCAAAUUUAUGUUCAAGUAUCAGGUUGAUCAAUAUAUUGCAGGAGAGGAAGAGCUGAGAACGCAUAUCGGUUGUAUUUUUAAGUAGGCGUGAAUUAGAUCAAAAUAGCAUUAUACUCGUAUUCUAGUCUUAUUUUACAAAACACCAGGAAGAUCUAAAUUUAUACAUUAUAUAAGUUUAUUAGAGGUAGUAUUUUGACCUAUUGAAAUGACAACUUCAAAUUAAAAGUAUAACUAUAAAUUUUAAUCUAUGUGUUUUUUGAAUGCUUUAAUAAAUCAUGCCUCUAUUAUAAUAUGUAUUUCUAGAAUAUUGUAUUUUUUUUUUUAGAUUUUUAGACUUUUCCAUGAGAUGAGUAAAUUGUUUUUUUUUCAUAAUUUAGUAUGUUGUUUGUAAACGAUAGGCCUACAAUUGGCUUCCAUUAAAUGUAUUGCAUGAAAUUUCAAUUAAGAGCCGUAUUCAUUUUUAUUCUCAAGUACGUUCUCAGCCGAGUAACCAAUUACAGGUUCCAAUCAGAACUAUUUUCUUAGCUAGAUCAACGAUUCUGAUUGGUCCUAAAAGCGUACUUAACUAAGAACUUCCUUAAAAAUCGUUUAUACACAAGGCCUUAGAAGGAAUUGUUUUAUUCCAUUCAAUCCAAUUUAGUCCUAAUUUCCUUUGUUUAAAGACAAAGAUCAAUCAAACCAUUCAUUUUUCAUCAUUGCUAUUAUUAUUAGUUGAGUAUUUGAACAUGAGAAACGCAUUGGAAGUCAUACUAAUUUUAUACCAUGUUGAUCAUCCUACUAUGAUUGUUAGUUAAAAUUGCCUUAAAAUAUACUGUAUAAUAAUACUUUUUGCAUUAUUGCAUGCGUUAUAAUUCGUAUCGUUAAUAAUUAAAAACAAGAUUUUGCUUGUGUGCUAAAGCGACUUCUAUUCAAUUAUUGUAUUCAAAAUAUCAGAUGUCAUGAAUAGGCUUCGCACAAUUUCUGUUGAAGGGAAUUCUUUUGAAUUUCUAAGCUGUGAUAAAUAAAAACUGUUAUUGUAUCAAACUAA